AUGGGCAUUAUAAUUGAAACAUUUCACGGCAAAGUUCCAAAUACAAAAGCUGCUGCUAUUAUUUUCGAGGCUUGCCGUCGAGGAAUUCUCGAUAGAACAAAUCGUCGUCUCUUGGAUGAAGAAAGAAGAGCUUUGAAAGGUGGCGAAGUUUUUGUUUUUGCCGAGAAAUCUUCAGGUAUCAAACGUUGGACAGAUGGGAAAUAUUGGUCUCCAAGUCGAGUAAUCGGCGAGUUUUUGGUCUAUUUUGAACUUGACACUCGAAUGCACAACAUUAAGCGCGAACAAGACAUUAAUCCGAGUUUACGAUCAAGGAUCGAACGCGAAGGAUUAAAGGUCCAGGUCGGGAAUAAAGGAACCUUUAUUUAUCGAAAGAAUGGACUCAUCAAGAAAACUGUCUCGAUGAAUGAUGAGAAUGAUAUUGAACAUAUGAUCAUUUAUGAAUAUCCACCAUUGGAUAAUUGCACUGAUGAGGAACGAGAAAAGCUUUACCCACCUCAAGCGUACAUCGAAUUGGCCGAUAUUGAACCAAGCGAAGAAAUUCUCAAGAGAUUUCAGAAACCAAAUCAUUCCAGCGAUAGAGAGAGAAGAUUAGUCGAAGGUCAUGGCUCCGAUGAUAAUGAGAAUGAGAAUGGUAGUGGCUCAUCUGAAAACGAUAAAUUUAAUGACAGUCAAAAGUGUCAGCCAUGGCCGAAUGUAAUAAAAUCUGAAAAUGAGGGCGAUCAUAAUAAAGAAUCGAGUUGGAAUGAAUCUCGGGAGUCUUCAAAAGUAUUGGCUUUUUCAUCAUAUUCGCCUAUUAAUUAUAGCACGUCAGGUAUCGCUCCAAAUUCACCUUAUCCACAUUCUCCAUAUCAUUGUUCUUCUAUUCAUCAACACGCAUACGGGGACAGUCAAAUGCACUUCCAUAAUAAUUUAUCAAACAAAUCGCCAUCGCUACACGUCAUUAAUCCUAUAUUUUUGAGUCGUUCUGAAAAAACUCCCACGACCAACAAUACUGUCGCUAGCAACAAAUUUGGUGAGCAUAUACCUCGAGAUCACAGAAAUUCAUUGCCCGCUAUUUCUGGUCGUCAUCAUCAUCACCUUUUUCAUUAUAACCUAAAUCCAAUUACGAACACAGCAAAUUUUCAUCAAAUGGAAAAUGCGCCAAUUGAGCCAUCUUUAUCAUACCCGCGAUAUACAAAUGAUGAUGUCAGAGAUGAUUUAAGAUCGAUGUCACCUAUUGCAAGCAGCGAUCUUUUUUCAAAUUCAUCGUUAAGAAACUGGCCAACGACGGAUAAUUCUGGUUCACGGGAUUUUUCUCAAAAUAAUCAUAAUAGCGCUGAUAAUGAGAUAGAAAAUGGAAAUGAUGUUGCAGGUGGUGGGUUUAUUGAUCCAAAGUGUCUUGGGAAAUUUUGA